UCUAAUACGCCCCCUAGCGGUUGGAUAAGGAGAAGAGGCGGAGAGAAUUAAAUACUUUCGACAUCAACCAGCUGAACACGGAGCAGCUGACGUAUUCAUACUGACUGGUUCUGCUGCUGGUUCUGGUUCUGACCCGGUUCUCCACCAGGGCAACGUGACAUCAUGGCGUCUGCAGAACCUGUGCCAGAUGUUGUGGAACCAUUGAAGCGCUGCGGCAGCAACGACCUGCUGCGUCCAGACAUGUCUGAGCAGAAGGAUGAAGACGAAGGUUUAACUAUGGCUGUGAAACGCAAACCUCUGAACCUGGUUCUGUUUGGUCCAAGUGAACCACUGAAGACGGCAGCAGCCAAGGUCAUUCUAGGUCACAAGGAUCUUCCUUCAGAGUGUGUUAGAAAGCAGGGAGAGGUGUUUGGACGUGGGGUUUCUCUGGUGGUGCUGCCUGCGCUGUAUGGAAAAGCUGAGCAGGAAGUGAUGGAGGAAUCCUUCAGGUGUGUCUCCCUCUGUGAUCCUGAGGGUGUCCACGCCUUCAUCCUGGUCCUACCUGUGGGUCCCCUCACUGAUGAAGACAAGGGAGAGUUACACACCAUCCAGGACACAUUCAGCUCUAGAGUCAACGACUUCACCAUCAUCCUCUUCACUACAGAGUUGGAUCCUGAACAUCCAGAUGUUGAUAAGUUUAUAGAGAACAAGAACAUCCAGGAUCUCCUCCAGAUCUGUGGAGGAAGAUAUUUUGUUCUGAACAUCAGAGACAGACGGCAGAUCAAAGAACUGAUGGAGACGGUUUGUGGUGAAAAGUCCAGUGUUUUCUCAACAGAAAUGUUCACCAAGGUGUUGAUUGAGAGGAUUUUAAAAGUUGAAGCAGAACUAAAGGAUGUGAAACAGAAGAGUGAAGAUGAGCAACAGUCAACAAAACAACUCAGGGAAGAGACAGAAGAAUUAAAGAAACAGGAAGAAGAGCUGAAGAAGAAACACAGAGAAGAAACUAAAUCUCUGCAAUCUCAACUAGAGCAGCAAAGAAAACAGCAAAUUCAAAUGCUGAAAGAAAAGGUUGAAAUAAUAGAGAAUGAACGCGAGAAGAGAAAGAAGGAGCGAGAGGAAGAGGACAGAAGAUGGAGAAAACAGGAAGAACUGCAGCGGAAAGAGUGGAAACAAAAACUAGAUGCUUCAGAAAACCGAGUUAAAGUUGAGCGAGAGCAAAGAGAGGCGGCUGAGAGGAGGCUGGACCAGAGCAGACGAGAUCGGACCAGAGACCGGGACGCUUGGGAUAAAGAGAAGGUCGGCAUCCUGGAGCGAAUGCACCAGGACCUGAAACAGAACCUGCAGGAAACCAAGCAGAACCUGGAGGAGGAGCGAGCGCGCAACAGGAAGCUGCAGGAGGAUUUCUACCUGAAGAGGAGGAAGUGGACGUAUCUGGGCUUCACUUUGCUGCUGUCAGUGACUCUAGUUUUAUUAUAUGUGUAUCAAAGCCAUUAACUGCUGGACCCAAACCGGACCGAACAUCUUGACCCGGCUGGAGUCUGGGUCAUGUUCAUAUAAUAAUGAUAAUAUUUAAUGUGUCAUAUUGACUUCCAGAGUCGUCAGUAGCUCUGAGUUUACAGGUUCUGGUUUUUUAACUCUAAUACAGAAACAAUCAGUGUUUGCAUCAAACUAUAAUUAAAAUGAUUUUCUUUCUGCGCCGUUUAUUGGUGCAGUGAUGAUGCAUAAUGUUAACAUGCAUCACAUGUAUCUCAGUGAAUGACAUGGAAAUAUGAAUAUUUGUUUCAGUGAAUUUGUCUGAUUUUAGUUUUUUCAUCUGGUUCUGCAGCUGAUAAUCUGUUAUUAAUCUGAUAUAUUACAGAAUUUAUUUCAUUGUAAUUCUGUGUAGAUUUGGAUUGAUGGUGUUUUAUAUGAAUGUUUUUCUGUAAUGUUUUGUCACUGAAAUCUCUUCUGACUCUGAGCUCAGAUCCAGUUGAGGAUUUUAAUGAGAAUCCUCUUAUUUCCUGUCAUUCAUGUUGAGUUUUUUCCACCAAACUGAAACUGUUUCCUCCAGUCAGUCGGUUUCAUGACAGGGUGAGGAUGUGUCUCUGUCCACCUGGUGACAGAUCAGUUCUUCUUUAGCUGUGAAUAUAUAAUGAGACGUUUCUAUGAACUUUUACCUUCAAAUAGAAAUAAAGACAAAGAUUCUUUCUCUA